UUUUGAUGACAAAAACAACAACUCCCUCACCACCCCCAGUAACAGUGCGGUUUGUCACUCCACAGCCGCCGUAGAAAAAUGGCAGCCUCCUUGUUGUCCCAGGCCAUCAGGAGGAGUUCAGAACGCACCUGUGCUGUUGCUCUCAGGAGGAGUUGGAGUUCAGGAGGUACUGCUCCAUCUGUCUUCAACAGGUUCCUCCUGAAACUCAAUCAUUACUUCUAUGAUGUGGAGAAUGUUGUGGGCUGGAGCAGCUGGUUAAGGACACGAGUAGUUGGACGCAAGAAUAAGUUUUUUGGUUACACACAGCAAAGGUUUGGUGAUAAUGUUGCUGCGGCUUAUUAUAUUCUGACUCUAAGAGGGAGCUUCAGAUUUGCAGGCCAGUCUGAAUGGUUUCGUCCAGACUCAAGAGGAAGAUUCAGCUAUGAGUUCGUCAGCACACCUGACACACACAUUGAGGAAGUGGAUCUGAGUGGCACCCUAAUUAACCAUGAAGGAUUUGACAACCUUGUGAGUCAGAAUAAACUUCACACUCUCUCUCUACGAGAAUGUCCUGAAGUGGAUGACUGGUUCCUCGCCCGUCUGCAUGUGUUUGGCGAGAGUUUGGUGGAGUUAAACAUCUCUCACUGUUCUCGAAUUACGGUGGGAGGACUGGCUGCAUUACAGAACCUCAGAAAAUUAGAGCGACUUGACAUUUCCGGACUCUCUCAGCUACAUAGUCCAGGCCUGGUGCGGAUUCUCCUGGAGGAAAUGCUGCCACACUGCCGAGUCACUGGAGCUGAAUACGAGCAGGGCCUGAUCCAGCCAGACAGCCAACAGCCAAUGAAGGACCACAAUGAAGCUUCCACACAUGCAAACACUGGAUAUAUAUAAACUACAGGACUGCUUUCAGUGCCCAAAAAGCUGCUGUACAUUUCAGUGUACUUAAAUAUUGUACGUAAUUAUUGUCUUGACAUAGACGCAAUGAAUAUUUAUGUUUAAAAAUUGCAUUAAAUAUGAAUUGAUUAAAUAUAAGUCUUUCCUUCAAUGCUUACCAUGGUACAGAGAUGGCUUUAGAUGGUAUACUAUGGUCUUUUGAUAGCUAUAUACCAAUGAAUACCAUAAACCUAACAUAGUAUUUACACAGUACUACAAAGUAUAUCAUAAUAGCAAUUCCAUGGCAACAUAUCCAAAGUAACAGGUGUGAAUCUGAUUAGUAUGGUGAAGUAAUCCUGUAAUCCUCACAGUGGAGGUGUGAGGAUAUUUAGAUCUGUGUUUGAAAGACUGAGGCAGGCAAAGGUGGAUGACAAAGUCUGUCAAGCAAAGGUAAUAUUUUUUUAUGUUAAUCUUUAAACAAUUUAAUUUAUAUCAGUCCAGCUUAAUAUUAAAAACAAUUUAAGUCUUGAAAGCUGUCUCUUCAGGUCAGUGUUUUUUUUUAUUUAUUUUUUAAUAAAAUAG